AUGCUGCUGCUACUUCUGCUGUUCUCCAACUGGCUCGCAGGUUUAGUGAUUCUACGAGGCGCAGACGCCUAUCCAACGACUAAUCACACGAUCCACUCGCCUCGAGAUGUUGGGGGAGUGACGAUCCCUGCUGGCUUCUCCCGCUGCCUCUUCUUCGACGACUUUUCCGACCAACCGGUCGGCUUUCUCCCUUCAGCCUCGAAAUGGACUCUCGACCUCGGGACGUCGUAUCCCAGAGGCCCUCAGCGCUGGGGGACGGGCGAGAUUCAGACGUACACGAGCGACCGGUCCAACAUUGCCAUCACAGACAGACAAACGCUGCAAAUCACCCCGAUCCGCCUCGCCGACGGAAUGUGGACGUCUUCCCGCAUAGAGACUACGGCGCAGUGGGACUUUGGCUGCCCCGCCGGCCGCCGGAUCCGCGUCGAGGCCCGGAUACGGCUCGGCAGCGAUCCCGGGCCGAGGCAGCAAGGUAUCUGGCCGGCGUUCUGGGCGCUCGGCUCCGACUUGCGCGGCAACUACUGGAACUGGCCCCGCGUCGGCGAGAUAGACAUGAUGGAGUCUGUCAACGGCGAAGCCAGGGUACGGCGCGCGGCACACUGCGGCAUAGCACCGGGCGGACCGUGCAACGAGUUCUCCGGCCUCGGCAACGUUGCCGAGCACCGCCUCGAGCGAGGAAAGUGGCACACCUUCGCGUGGGAGGUUGAUCGACGACGGCGUGAGCGGCGAGACGAGACGCUGACUUGGUACGUCGACGGCGCCCAGCAGUGGACCCUGACCGAGUCGGAUGUGCGCGACGAGAGCGCUUGGGACGUGCUAGUCGACCACAAGAAGAUGUUGCUCUUUAACGUCGCGGUGGGCGGCGCGCUUCCCGAUGCCAUCGCCGGCAUCAAGACGCCCACGGGUGCGACGGCUGGCGGUCGGGGGGCGAGCAUGGAGGUGGACCAUGUUGCGGUAUUUGAGCAACUGUGA